AGGUAAGCCUGCUAGACUCUUGUUAUCCGUUGUUUUCCAGUGGCAACUAAAGGGCCAAGGGAUUUUCUUCAUGCUUUCACUUGAAGCAGUUCUAUUAGCUUCUUUCCUUCCUAGCAUUAUAUUUUCCUAUGAGAUCUUCACCUCUCUCCCCCUUACUUUUAUAUUGGUAUGACAGUAGUGCCUAAUGGUCCUAGCUAAGAUCAGGGCCCUGUUGUGCCUGGUGCUUUGCAGACAUGGAGUCCCCCGUCUCACAGUCAAGGCAGAUCAGGAGUGUCAAACCUUUGGCCCAUGGUCUGGAUUCAGCCCAUGGAGCUGUUUUACCUAGCCUGUGGGGGGCCCACAGGGGCUGGGAAUUUGGGGGCUGGGUGAGUAGGGACAGGGCCUGGCCACUAAGUCCCCAACUAGAGUCUGACUGGGCAUGCCCAUUGGUGGGGGGAGAGGAGAGGAAAGGUGAGUGAUAGUUGUGUUCAUCCCUAUGCCAUCAUUGCUUGCCCUACCACUACUGCUUCGUCCAGAUCCAGACUGCAAGGAGCCCUGUGGGCUGACUCUGCUUCACAGGGAGCCCUGUAUCCGGAUCCAGCCCAGGAGUGCAGACAAGUUGGGCACCCAUGAGGCAGAUGAUCAGAAAUGGAGAAAAGAAACAUUGCAAAGAGACUUGCCCAGGGCAACAGAGUUGGUAGGUGGCAGCUCUGGCACUAGCACCCGCAGGAGGACCCCUCCUAAAUGAUGUCAAAUUCCUCCUAAGCCUGGAGCACCCACACCGAAUAUGGCACAUCUGGUCUUUGGCCCCUGGAGGGAGCGCCCAGCUCCCCACGAUCCCUGCCUUGGCGUUCCAGGCAAGACCUUUGCUUCCCACAUCCACUGGGGCCCCUUUACAGGUAAGGUUGCUAUUAAAAGCCACUUGUCUCAAGCAAAUGCCUCCAGGAUUUGCACUUGUGUCUUCAGACUUUUCCUGAGAAAUGUAAACAAGUGGUGACUUUAUCAGCCGCUUAGGAAAUAUCAGGGCUGGUAUCAGCAGACAAGCAUCAGCUUGAACCCUUCUGUAAUAAUCUCCCUCCAGGGUGGGUGGGAGAAGUGGGAGCUGGGAACAGAGAUGUUGAUCUUUCUCCUUCCCUCCUCCCCUCAGAGCAGGGGAGGAGGAACAUGUCCUGUGUGAGGAGGGGGGGUGAUGGUGGGAACCCUGCUCCUAGUAAGGGUGAGAGAGCUGAAAGCAUAGACUAAGCCCAGCCCCCCCACCCCCGGAGGGAAGGAGGGAGGGUGGGGAAGCUGGCAUGCAGGGGAGUGGGACUGGAACGCACUCAUCCCUAGCACUGGGCAAGAGAGCUGUGGGGGAAGCUGGGAAGAAGUCAAACCAAGGCACUUCAGAGCCCCAAGCUGAGUCACCGGAGUGUAUAAAGCAAGCACAAGGCAAUCAGAGCAGGCAGACAGGAGACACGGCGUCAGCACUCCAGGACAGAUUUUGUGAUUUAAUUGAGCCACAUUGAAGCAGAAGGAUGUUUUCUCUCCUGCUCACCCUCUCUCUGCUGGUAUUGAAGGUGGCAUCCGGCCCCACAAAAAGAGCAGCAUCUCUGACACUGGGAGAUUUUAUGAAUGUUUUCCUACUGGCCGAGGAAAGCUCAUGGAAGAACGUAAAUCUUAGUAGCAUGUCCUGCGAGGAUAUGAGGAACAACACAUGGACCAUCUUGCAUCUGACCAACCACAGCUUGAGCUCCUUUCCUGCCUGCUUGCCUGAGGUGGUGGAGACCCUAGACCUCAGCACCAACGUCCUGAGCAUGCUGAAUGGCACAGAGAUAGUGAACUUGCCAAAUCUGCGUAUCCUCUCUCUGAGGCAGAACAACAUUGAAGAAGUCAUAUGGGGAAGUGAAGCCCUCAGCAGUCUCCGAUUCCUGGACCUAAGUUUGAAUAAGUUGUCAUCUGUGCCUUCAUGCCAGGGCUCCUAUCUGCCAAACCUAAAGUGGCUAUCACUGGCUGGAAACCCCAUCACUCAAAUCCAGCCACUGGCUUUCUCCUGUUACCCACAACUCCAGUUCCUGAACUUGUCUGCCACUCUGCUAGGGCAAGACACUGGUGGAGGGAUUAGAGAGUCCGCCUUUGCCAUGAGGAUGCUACCAGGGGACACCAGCAGAAGGUCAGACAAUACCAUCCAUGUGCUUGAUCUGAGUGGGACCUCUCUGGAAAAAUUACAACAGGAAUGGACCCAAGACCUGCCCAACCUUAGCUCCCUCCAUCUUACCAGGAUGGCCCGGUUGAGAAGCCUUGAUACAGAUCUCUUCAAGUCUAUGCCAAGGCUGAGAGAAUUGAACUGCCAGGACUCCCACAUGCUGAGUUCAGUGAGGACAAAGAUAUUUGAAGAUGCUCCACACCUGAGGUUCCUCAUAUUCCAAAACUGUAACCUGAGUUCUUUUGAUCCCUGGAAUACCAGUUCAUCAGAGAGCGUUGUCAUCAACCUGUCUGGAAAUCCUCUACAGUGCAACUGUAAGCUUUCAUGGCUGCUCUCUGAUCCCGCAAGAAUUGUUCUGGAAAGGAGAGCAAAUACAACUUGCAACACAGCCCCAAGAGACAGAGAUACGCCGUCAUCAUCUCUUUCACUGUUAUUGCUCUAUGAAGAGUGCCAGUCGAGGAGAAAUGACACGCUCCCAGAGUCAGUAACUCCUUUUCACAGAGACAGCCCAUCCCACGUCACUAUUAAUAACCCUACCAGUGCAGCAAUGCUGACAGACCCAGCUCUGGUCUUCUUAGACGUGGUGAGUGAUGCCAUUGUCUCACAAAGCACAGUUAGUGAGACAGGGAUGGAGCUAAUGAAGGAGAAGCCCACACAGGGUAUCCACCCUCUUUACAAGGAGGAAGCAUUUUCCAAAUCUGUUGACAGUCCUUCUACUGUAACACCGGAAGCUACCUCUUCAGACAUCCUGGAGGAGCUUUCUAGUAAUUCCUUUAUGGAGCACAACACCGUGAUUACAACUCAAACAGAUCAAUCGAAGGAAAAUACCACAAUCGCCAUUAACCUUUUCCACUAUGAGGGAAAACUUCAUCAAUUUACUAAUGACCCUUCUACUGAUGUGAGCGUUACAGACUCUCCAAUGUUGCUCAGCGAACUUUCAAAAUACUCCUUAACUCCACAGGACACCAUAAACACAUCUCCAACAGACCAACUGCAGCAAGGCUCUUUCAAGGCAAAAUCUAACCCAGAUCCUACACAAACUGGAAUACCAAUACACUAUGUAGAGGACUAUGAAUAUGAAGAAGAGGAGGCCGCAACUCAACCAAGACAUGUCCCUUGUGACUACAAUCCUUGCAAACACCUGCAGAAACCAUGCUCUGAACUUCAAACCUUGUCUCCAUGUCUGUGUCCUGGAGUGUCUGGAGAAGACACUGUCCCUGAUUCCCCAAGGCUCAGAGAGGUGUCUGAAAUUACAGACACCUCAGCCCUGAUCCACUGGUGUGCUCCAAAUUCAGUCGUGAAUAGCUACCAGCUAGUAUUCCAUGCUGAAGGCAGUGAGGAAGGCCAGACAUCCUUCGAUGAGAUUUACACCACUGCCAGGCAGCACACAUUGUAUAAGCUGUCACCAGACACCACCUACAAGGUCUGUGUGAUUGCUUUGAACAAAGCAGGAGCCAGCCCGAGAGAGAGGGUCUUAAGCAAUCCAUGCACCCAAUUUAAAACAAAACCCAGUUACAAAACCAUCCUGGCUGCCUUGUCUGCAACAAGCGGGCUCUUCCUCCUUACCACCAUCAUACUGUCUGUAUGCCUCUGUAAGAAAUGCAGAAAGCCACAAGCUGAGCAAUAUGGCACACACCUCGUCUCCUACAAAAACCCAGCAUUUGAUUACCCCUUGAAACUGCAAACAUACAAUUAGCCCCAAGCCCUUUUGUUAACAACUUUUGUAGUAAAAUACCUUAUAACAGCACAUCUCUAAUUGGUAUCCAAUUGCCCCCUGGGGUUUAUUUUAAUUUUUCUCAUAGGGCAGAUUUUACCCCUGCUGUAAGGCCACUGGCAGUGGAACCAGACCAGGGAUGUUAAGUGGAUCUGAAUGCUUUAGCUUUGUUAUGAGAGGCCCCCACCUAGCCUGUUGUUUCCCAGGUCUCCACUUGUCUUCCAUUUCCAAACAGGAGCUGUGUUUUAAGUGGUUUCUUAUUUUGUAGUCAUGUGUAAUUAUUCUCCUGGGUCCUGAAAGCCCAGCAGUGAUUUUAAAACAAAGUGUAUGUGGUGGGGGGGCAGCAAUUAGAGUAGCCUAGGAGGUAGAUGCACAGUCCUAUGGUUCUUUGAAGUGGGUGCUUAUUUAACCUAGUCUAAGAUGGCAUUGAAGUGCCCAGAAAAAAAGCCUUGAUAGGAAUAAUCUCCAGCAUCCAUAGAAUACCUUUCAUCUGCAGGUAUCAAAGAGACCUUUGACAAAGAGGGAGACAGACUGAAGACUAGGAUGGACAAUUACAAUCAUUUUGUCUGACUUCAUCACAGAGAUGAUAACAUUUCACUCUCUGGAAUCUGUUUCAAGCCUUGUAAAUGCCAAAGGGAAACAACAUCCAACCUUGUUGCAUUCAUCCCCAGAUUUUUGUGGAGAAAAUAAGAUACAAAAUUACUUGUUCAAGAUUUUACCUAUACUUGCAGCUGGACACUUAAAGGGAAUUCCAAAGCACUUUCUGGUGCUUGCUUGGCUUUUGGGACCAGAUUUUGAACAGUUUUAAGCCCUAUGCAUAGAUCUGUACAGCAUCCCCAAUGGGUCCAUGGGAGACCCACAUGCUCAAGCUCACCCUACCCCCACUAUUUGCAUGCCUCAGACCCAGAAAUGGGGCAGUGAGGAUGCUCUGGAUGCACCAUGUGUGGCAGCUUUCAAGUACACUGAAGACAGAGGUCUGGGGAGCAGCUGUGGGUAAGGCAGGCUUUUCUUGCUGCAUUUCUGGGUUUGGUGCAUGUGAGAAACAAGAAGAUUUAACAAAUACAAAUACCUUAGAGUGUAAGCUCCUUGGGGUAGGGGCCUCCUUUGUUUGUUCUGUUUGUACAGGGAUUGGUACCCCUGGUCCAUGAGUGGGGCUCUUGGCACUACCAUACGAUGAAUAAUAAUAAAAAGGAAGAAGAUUGUACAGUCUUCAAAAUAGCAGUGGCACAAGGAAGCAAACUAUCAUGUGGUUCACAACUGCCCACCAAUCGGGUACCGAUUAGUGCCUGAAGCCUCAGUUGAUCCAAGGAUUUAACAGAAUAGUCAUUUGCUUGGGGUUGAUCCAGCCAGUCAUUGGGAGGCAGGUGGCUAAAUACUAAUGCAGUCUACUGGGUAUAAGCACUAUAAUGUUAAGUACUGAGAUCCUAGCCACUCCUGAUGGAAAGCCAGGCUGGGAUUUUCAAAAGCACAUAAGGGAUUUGGAUGUCAGUUCCCUUCAUUUUAAUAGAAACCAGCAUACAGAUCCCUGACAGAGUUUGGAAAAAUCUCAGCUUUGAAAAGUUCCUAAAUCUUUUUCACAAGAGAAGGGAUUUAUCCUUGUCAAAUGUUUGUGUCUCACUACUGUUACUCAAGGUCCCAUGUCUCAUGCUUCUUCCCAGAGAUACUGGAUAGAUAUAAUCUGCAGACCUUUGGGAUCCUUAAGAAUGAAAGGUGCUCUAUAAAUGUACAGGUAUCUAUGUUCUGUUAGGCAAACAAGGUUCUUUGGGUGAAUCUGAUAUCUUUUAUUAGACCAACUUAAAUAGUUGGAAAACAGUACAUCCCUGUAUGUUCUGUGAGUUAUUUUUAAUAUGGGGGGAGGGGGAAUCACAUGCCCUGUGUUAAUAGAAAUAAAAUGCAGAGCAAUGAUGAAAUAACCAUAGCAUGGUUUUUGCUUUAAAGUCAACACACCUAUCCAAUGACAACAUUGAGACAGUCAUGUCUGUGACAUGGAGUCUGAGGUGCUAAGUGCAUCUCUUUUCACGAGUUUUUUUAUUUGAUACUGCUGGAUUUUUGCUCUAAAAUCACUACCAUCUCCAUUCACCCCUUUAUUAUCCCAUUCUCUGCCCCUCCACUCCAGUUGCAUUUAACAUUUAGUGCCACCUUUUGAUAACUACCUAUACCUUUGCAUGCCUUUCAUACCACUCAGUUACUGAAAUCAGUUAUUUACCCUUAACACUUGCAAAUGGAAAAAAAACCCCAUAGAUAUUGUGCCCUUUUGUGCCUCUAUCCAAUAUUGAAAGUAAGCAUAAAUUAGAAAUUUCAUUUCAUUUUCUCCCCUUAAAAAUAAUACCUCUUUAAGGCCUAGCUUCCUUGUUUUUGCUGGAAGGCCUUUGGGGGCAUCUGGAAAAACUGAGCAGGCAGUAUAUCAACAUGUGCUUGAAAAAGCAACCAUUGAAUCUUUAAGCCUUAAUUUUCCCCCCACUGGAACAGGGAUCAUGGUUUCACAGGUUUGUACAACAUACCAGAAUAAAAAUCUGACUGGGGUCUUUGAUGAUAACGAAGAACAACAUGAGAGAGAGGAUACAGCAGCCAGGAAAGAGAAGUGAACAAGAUCAACUAUCAGCCAUUACCUGAGGCAGGUGAUUUGGUUUUAAAUGAGAUUUGAAGAGGGAUUUACAACCACUCAUGACUAUCUGUAAAAUCCCAAACAAGCCAAUUUAGGCCUCUAUCACGGCAGCCAGAGCUGGGGCUGGGGGGGCAAAUAUGGCCUGCAGACCACAAAUGGCCUUCCAGGCCAUUUCAUUUAUUUACCCUACGAUGACAGGCUGAGAGCCCUGGGGCUCUUUAGCCUGAAAAAGCGCAGGCUCAGGGGUGAUCUGA